GAGGCUGAUGCAACCCUUGGAAAAUUCUCUUUCAAUAUCUAAACUACCCCGUCCUCCCAGUUCCGCUCCGACACCGAACUUUGCUCCGCUCUUUUUUUUUUGAUUGUAGGCGUUUCUUUCAUUUUUCGCCAAGCAUGGGCCUCGACGCGGAAACAUUCACUUAUGUUUUGGGUAUCGUUGUCGUCAGUAUGGGGACUUUGUCGACCUUCGAGAGCAUUGUCAUGGCUUUUCAAUUUCUGACUCGAAGCUCCGCAGUAUCAAUUAAGCUCGUAAUGGUGAUGACUAUAUCGGCUUUCUUGUGUAGUGUCAUCAACCUUAGCGAUUAUUUUAUUGCGACGGGAGACUGCAAGCAUCACUACGCCGCCGCGACUUUUUAUCAGUGCAGCUUCUAUCUCAUGGACUGUCUCCUCAUUGCGAAUGCCAACACCAUCCUCAAGGAAGCCAAUCACAAGUACAGAAAGAUUAUUUUGGGAGCUAACGGCGUUCUCCUCGCACUUGGUAUUGCCGCGGGAAUAACGGAUAUAUAUCAGUUCACCUUUCUGCACCCAGUACCGGGAGUUACAUGCAUCCCCAUUCAACCGAAAAUUGCAUGGCCUCUCUACGGUGCCGCUGAGCUGGCGAUCACACUGAAUCUUGCUUAUUUCUUUGUCCAAGAGCUGAGAUACAGUAUUCACAUCAUGCGAAAAAACAAGCAUGCAGUAACGGACAUACUUGCUGAACUCUGCAACGACCACAUUGUGCUCAGUCUUCUUUCCGCCAUUAUUGUUUUCAUCUGUCAAACACUGAUUGAACAAAACUCCCUUGGUACCAACACGUUCUUCCUCAUUUUCAUCGAGCACCCGAUCGCUGUGCGCUUGAUUACAUACUCGGUUAACCCAGAUUUUGCUGAAUUGCAUACCAUUUCAAAAAGUGAAGAAAAUCUUGCCAAAAGCGGGAAACCGGCAAGCAUCGGAAGUGUCACGACCCGCCCAACGCUUGCUAUCGCACGUUCAAGGGAAAUCAGGUCUAGGGAGAGAAUUGGACCUGAAAUUAAAGUUACUGCGGAGAGGGAGGACACGGUUUAAAAACUUUUACUGUACUAGACAAUUUCAUAUAUACCUCAGCUCCGCUGAAUAGUCAGCGCAA